AUGCUUCCCUUGGAUACAGUCUUGGGGACAGGUGGAGAAGAGUAAUGGAUAGGAGGGGAAAAUAAUUAUUCUCACGAUCCCCAUUAGUUUUGCUGUUUGAACUAGCGUGACAAAAAAGUACAGGGGGCUCAACCCAACCCAGGAACAGGAUAAGUAGGGAAGUUGGAAAGGGACAUGAAUUGAUGAAGGGUUUGCUUGUCGUUGCUAUGAUUUUGCUAGGUGUCAGACGGGGUGAGGGCAGAGUGCAGACAUGGGUCAGGGGAGUAUUUGGAAGCAGGACAGGGAUACAGGGACUCUUCAGUGUUAAUUGCAGGCAUAGCAUCAGAGCUACCUUUGACAUUGCUAGUUCCAUUAGGAUUCCUGGGGACUGGGAGACUAUGGAAUAGUCAUGAGAUCUCUAGGAAGUGGUGGUGGGAGGGAUCUUUGGCUUCUUAGGCGAGAAUGUAGGCCCUAAGACGCGGAGCACAGGCUCCAGACGCGCAGGCUCGGCGGCCAUGGCUCACGGGCCCAGCCGCUCCGCGGCAUGUGGGAUCUUCCUAGACCGGGGCAUGAACCCCUGUCCCCUGCAUCACCACUGCACCACCAGGGAAGCCCUCUUUACUAUUUUUGAUGUGAGCUACAGAACAAAGUCUAAGAGUGAACUUUCUCCCUGUCCUAUGCCUCCCAUACCCCUCCUCUAGAGACCUUUCUUGUCACCUUGGAAAUCUCAGGGUUACCCCUCUAGUUCUCAUCUUUCGUUCCUCCCCUCCACUAUUCUGAUUCCUGAUCCAUAGAAUUUUGUGCCUCUAAGUCUGGAAUAGAGGCUAAGGACGUGACAGUUUACCAUCAGACAUCCCUGAGAGUGUCCCAUGUCCCACAAAGAAAUUCCAGAUGCACACCCACGAUCUCAUGCUUAUCCCCAAUUCUCAUUUUAGCACCCUCUCCCUUCCCCAUCAUACUGGGUGAGACUGUAGUUAGUGAGUGGCUCAGGGAUAUUUUUGGCCAAGCAGACCUCAUUGUCCAGUGUGGUGGGGUAGGGGGAAGGGUAGGCAGGUGCCCAUGUCCAUCAUACCAGGGCUUGUGGGGCAGCCCAGAGAAGGGAGGGGGGCCAGGCUCCAAAAAUAGCACAGUGAGCUCAUUCAGCUACCAGCUCUGGGGAUAAGACAAAGGGGCUUUAAAAGGCGUGGGGGGUGCCUCAAACUGGUUCUGCUCCAGCCAACACUGCCUUUCUCGGCAUGGAGACUUUUGAGCCCAUCAGCCAAGAGCCUCUCAGCCAAGCCAGUUGCGACAAAGCCCCAAGCCCAGUUCCUGAGCUCCAGGACCCGUUCUAUGCAGAACUGCAAAGGGCAGAGAGCCUCCAAGAGAGAAGUGUGAAGGAGGCCAAGACCAAAUGCCGGACGAUUGCAUCCCUGCUAACCGCAGCCCCCAACCCCCACUCGAAGGGGGUAUUGAUGUUUAAGAAACGUCGGCAGAGAGCCAAGAAGUACACCCUAGUGAGCUUUGGGGCUGCCGCGGGGACAGGCGCUGGGGAGGAGGACGGCGUCCCUCCAACUAGUGAGUCUGAGCUGGACGAAGAGGCCUUCUCCGACGCCCGCAGCCUCACCAACCAGUCCGACUGGGACAGCCCCUACCUGGACAUGGAGCUGGCCAGGCCGAGCUCAGGCGCAGCAGAGGGCCAGGGCCCGGGGCUGGGAGGGCAGCUGAGUGAGGCCUCUGGGCGAGGGGCCCAACUCUUUGAACAGCAGCGCCAGCGCGCAGACUCCAGCACUCAGGAGCCGGCCGGGGAUGGUCCAGCCGCCACGCUCAACGGGCAGGGCCUGCAGUCACCACCUCGGGCACAAAGCGCUCCGCCAGAGGCGGCUGUGCUCCCAUCCAGCCCUUCGCCGGCCCCUGCAGCCAGCCCCAGACCUUUCCUCCCUAGCAGUGGAGCCUCUACCCCAGCUCCAAGCAUCUUUAACCGGUCAGCCAGGCCGUUUACUCCGGGCUUACAAGGGCAGCGGCCAGGUACCACCUCGGUUAUUUUCCGGCCCCUGGCUCCCAAAAGGGCAAAUGAGAGCCUGGGAGGCCUCAGCGCCGUCCCACCGCCUUUCCUGUCCUCUCCGCAGGGGACCACUCCUCUGCCCAGCUUCUCUUCAGGGGUUCCCAGCCACGUGUCAACCCCCGGUUCCACCAGCACCCCACGCUCCUCCGGCCCCGUGACGGCCACCAGCUCCCUAUACAUCCCAGCCCCCAAUCGUCCUGUUACGCCAGGCGGAGCCCCAGAGCCCCCCGCCCCCGCUAGCGGAGCUGCCAUGACCUCCACCGCUUCUAUCUUCCUAUCGGCGCCUCUGCGACCUGCUGCACGCCCAGAGGCCCCCGCCCCUGGCCCCGCAGCCCCUGAGCCCUCCAGCGCUCGAGAGAAGCGCAUCUCCGUGCCAGCUGCUCGCACCGGCAUCCUCCAAGAGGCCCGGCGUCGGGGGACCCGAAAGCAGAUGUUCCGGCCGGGAAAUGAGGAGACGAAGAACUCGCCCAACCCGGAGCUGCUAUCGUUGGUGCAGAACCUGGAUGAAAAACCCCGGGCUGGGGGUGCGGAAUCUUGUCCAGAGGAGGAUGCCCUGAGCCUCGGGGCUGAAGCCUGCAACUUCAUGCAGCCACCGGGGGGCAGGAGUUACAAGACUUUGCCUCACGUGACAGCUAAAACCCCGCCUCCAAUGGCUCCCAAGACCCCACCCCCUACGACUCCUAAGACUCCACCCCCAGUGGCUCCCAAGCCCCCUUCUCGAGGGUUCCUCGAUGGGUUAGUGAAUGGGGCGGCCCCUUCAGCUGGAAUCCCUGAACCACCAAGGCUUCAAGGCAAGGGUGGGGAGCUGUUUGCCAAGCGUCAGAGCCGAGCGGACAGGUAUGUGGUGGAAGCACCUGGUCCUGGCCUUGGCCCUCGGCCCAGAAGCCCUUCUCCUACCCCCUCCCUGCCCCCUUCCUGGAAAUAUUCACCCAAUAUCCGUGCCCCACCUCCAAUUGCUUACAACCCACUGCUCUCACCGUUUUUCCCCCAAGCUGCCCGAACUCUCCCUAGUAAGAUCCAAUCCCAAGGGCCUCGGGCAGCCCCCAAGCAGGGCAUUAAGGCUUUGGAUUUCAUGCGGCACCAGCCCUACCAACUUAAAAGUGCCAUGUUCUGUUUUGAUGAGGUUCCCCCGACUCCUGGACCCACCUCCUCAGUGCCUCCCAAAACUGCCCGAGUCCAGGAGAUCCGCCGAUUUUCGACUCCAGCGCCCCAGCCCACUGCAGAGCCCCUGGCACCCACUGUGCUUGCCCCCCGAGCAGCCACUACAUUGGAUGAGCCCAUCUGGAGGGCAGAGCUGGCCUCAGCCCCUGUCCUUAGCCCAGCCCCUCCUCCAGAGUCUCCCAGGGGUCUUGGGACCUCCCCCAGCUCCUGUGGCUUCCAGGUAGCCAGGCCCCGGUUCUCAGCUACUAGAACAGGAUGGCAGGCUCAUGUGUGGAGGCCUGCGGCGGGCCACCACUGAACAGGACACAGCUCCCAGGACCAAGGGGAGGUGGAACAGCUAGUUCCUAAAGUUGCUUCUACCCAACCCGCCCGCCCCCGCUCCCGCCACCCCUCCUUUGCAGGCUAAAUUCCCUCCUGCCAGAGAAAGUUUUGGAGUUGGUGUCCCAUCUCCCAGCUUCCUCCUGACUCCUAACCUCCCUGCUGCUUUCCAACCUAUAAUACUAUCUUUGCUUUGGUGUCUGUGCUUCUCUUUGUAGCUCCUUGCCUGGAUCUCUGUCUUUAACUCUGUCUCUUCACCUACACUCCUCCACUAGUCUCCAUUUCUCUACAUUUGUGCUUUUUUCUGUGGGCUUUGUUUUAACAGUCAAUGAGAAAGACAGAGAAGUUACCACUGAGACCUCAGGCAAGAAGCUCACCACCAGACAGGCAGCAAAGGGACUGAACUGACCCCUAUUUGCACGAAAUCAUUUGCUGCUCCUCACUCUUCUUUCCCAAGCUUGUCUGGCAUUUUCCUAGGUGUGUGUGUGCAAGUGUGUGCGUGCACACAGAUGUGCUCUUCUGUCUGAGGCGAGAGUAAGAGGAACCGUCUAAAUAAAGACCCAAUCUGGGUCUUACCCUUGCACUAAUGAAAGAAGAGUCAGUUAUCCUCACAUAGAAUGUCUGGUGGGGAGAAAGAGACUCAUUAGAGUUAAAGAUCAUCAUCUGUAGCAGGCGUAGAGCAUCUGGUGAAAUUCAUAGAGUAUGAGGAGACCCGAAGGACCAGGGCAGUUUGUAUGGGUUGAGUUAUACCAGCUAGACCAGGAGUAGAACUAAGAAUUCUGUUCCUUGGGAUUUCAGAAAGUUAGCAACUGGAGAGGCCCAUGCUGAGCAACAAAGCAUCCAAGAAGUGAAAAGAAAGAAAGAAAAUGUCCUCUGAGAAUGAACAAAUCAUUGGCUUCAUUGUCUCAUGAACUUAAGACAGAAAGGAGAAAAGAACCAUGAUGUGGAAAGUGAGGUAGAAUCCAGGAGCAGAACAGAAAUGAAUGAAAUUGAUCGAGCCUCAGAGAGAAGCAUGGUGAGGGAGACUACAGUGUUGGUAGAGAGUAAAAUUGGAUAAUAAGAAACCAAUCAUGUACACAAAAGGGGAAUUGGGGAGAAAUUUGAGGGAGAAGAAUGUAUUUGUUAGAGUGAAGGGGGAUGAUGGUGGAGGGAUGUGAGAGUGUGUGCUGAGUGUUGAAAGACAGGUAUCUGUGCUACCUCCUUUGAAUCUGUCCCUCUGUCUUCUGCAGCUUGUCAUAACUACCUGAGAAAGGGCAGGGAAACACCCAGAGCCAAAACCUCUUUUUAGUUCUACCCCAUCCCUCAAACCCUAGUUCUUAUUUCUUUCCAGCUUAGGUCCUGAUCUCUGAUCCUAGAGGGAUAUGGGCUCCCCUCUCACCAUGACCACCACCAGUCACGCUUGCUGCUUGAUCUGGAAAUUGAUAAUUUCCUUUGCAUAUUGAGUGUGAGUCACAGUACUUUGGUUUGUGCACAAGAAUAAACUUAUGCUCCAUAUCUUC